AAGUUUAUUUGUUUUUUACGAUAUUUACAUUUCGUGUUUUCGCCUGUAAUAAAUUUUUUUUUUCGAUUUAAACGGAUAAUUAAACGAACAUGAUUGCUUUCAAAGCACGAAAUUGUGGUUUAUUUUACAAUGCAUACAAGAUUUUCCGACUUCCAGCUGUUCGUUGCAACAUUGCAACAUGCAUUGAUCCUGCUUUAGGCUUAUCAGAUGAACAACUUCAGAUUCAAAAAAUUGCUAAAGACUUUGCUGCCAAUGAAAUGUUUCCACAUAUGUCUGAGUGGGAUGAAAAAGAAAUUUUUCCUAUUGAAACAAUGCGAAAAGCUGCUGGUUUGGGUUUUGCUGCAAUUUACGCAUCAGAAAAGUACGGAGGUUCAGGAUUGACUCGUUUAGAUGCUUCUAUUGUAUUUGAAGCCUUAUCUCAGGGAUGUGUGAGCACUACUGCAUACAUUUCUAUACACAACAUGGCAUUAUGGAUGAUUGAUCAUUAUGGAUCGGAAGAACAAAAGAAGAAAUGGGUUCCAAAAUUGGCCACUAUGGAACUUUUUGCUUCAUAUUGCUUGACUGAGCCUGGUAGUGGAAGUGAUGCAGCUUCUCUUUCAACAGCUGCUAAACGUGAUGGUGAUUAUUAUAUUCUGAAUGGUAGUAAAGCCUUUAUUAGUGGUGGUGGUGAGUCUGAUAUUUAUGUUGUGAUGGUUAGAACUGGAGAUCAAGGGACUAAAGGAAUUUCCUGUUUAGUUAUUGAGAAAGGAACACCAGGUCUGAGUUUUGGGAAGAAAGAGAAAAAAUUGGGCUGGAAUUCUCAACCCACUCGUGCUGUUAUAAUGGAAGACUGUCGAGUUCCUGUAACCAAUAGAAUUGGUGCAGAAGGACAAGGUUUUAAUAUAGCAAUGCAUGGAUUAAAUGGUGGAAGAAUCAAUAUAGCAUCAUGUUCUCUUGGGGCUGCUCAAGCAAGUUUUGAAAUCGCCACUGAGUAUAUAAAAGUUAGGAAACAGUUUGGGAAACCUUUAUCAGACUUUCAACAUAACCAAUUCCUUUUGGCUCGAAUGGCUGCUGAUCUGGUUGCCUCCCGUCUUUUGGUAAGAAAUGCAGCAAUUUCUCUUCAAAAUCGUACACCAGAAGCAGUUUCACUAUGUGCGAUAGCAAAGUACCAAACUACAGAAAAAUGUUCAAAAAUAGUUAAUCAUGCAUUGCAAAUGCAUGGUGGUUAUGGCUAUUUGAAGGAUUAUCCAGUUCAGCAGUAUUUUAGAGACAUUAGAGUACAUGAAAUACUGGAGGGCACUAGUGAAGUAAUGCUGAUGUUGAUAUCUCGUGACAUUUUGAAGAACUGAGAUCUUGAAAGCAGCCAUAACUAUUGAAGAAAAUGUUCCUUAUUUUUCUUGAAACAAAAAGGAAAAUUACACAUAACAUAUACACAAAUAGCCAAUUUUUUAAGCUAGUAGUCUGUGAUAAACAUAUUUUUUCCCCAAAGAGAAGUACAGUUUCUAAAAAUUUUCUUUCUUUGUGAAUACAUAGUCAAUAACUGUAAUUUGAGCUUUUAAUAAUUAAAAAAAAAAGUUUGUGAGCAUGUUAUGGUGUAGUGCUAUGGUUGCUAUUUUACAUCUUUGGUAACAUAAAAUUUCAAAAUCUUAUGUAACAAAGUGUUAAUUAAUCUUAAUUUUCUUGUGGUUCUUUCAAAAAAAUAUUUUAGCAUUUUCUUCAAUACGAUAAUUACUUGAAGAAUUAACAAAAUAUAAAAUCUACCAAGAAUUGAAGAGUUUACUUUCAAAAUGGAUUAUAUCCAGUUUUAUAUAUAUAGAUAUUUUUUUGGCAAAACAAAAAAAAAAAAAAAACGUUUUAUGCACAAACACUGAUUGUUAGAAUUUCGAAUUUUUCACAAUGUUUCGGUAGAAUAACAAGUGACUAUUGGCAUAGGUCUAGGAAUUUUUCCACAAUUUUAUCAGACCUAAAUUGCCAAUUUUAUUUUGGAUAUACAGUCGAUUCCCGCUACAACGCGAUUCGACUUACGCGAAACGGCUAUAACGCGAUUUUUUCACGAGUUACGAAUUUUAGAGCUUCCAAUUUUUCGUCUAUAAUACGAAUUUUUUAGAAAGAAGAAUCGGCUUCGUUAUUAGCCAUUAAAUAUUGAUUUCAUUAAUACUAUUACAUACCUUUAGGCAUCACUUACAGCGAAAGUUUCCACAUCAAACUAGUCUACGCAUCACGUUAUUAGUCACUCAGCAUCAUUCAUUUAUUUGAUUUUUUGCAUUUGCAAUAUUAAAGAUGAUGAAACAUAACGGUACCUUAGUGGCACCUCCAUCUAAUCUUUGUGAAAAUGGGAAGAAAAAGAAAGUUUCUGAUGAAAAGGGGGGGGGGGGAGCUAACAUUCUCGAGAUGCUUGAACAACUAUAAAACGUCGACGGUAGCGCGACAAUAUGAGUGAAUCUUCCAUGUGUACUAAUAAAUAUGUUACUGUAUACUAUACAGUACUAUUAUAGUGCAACAUUUUAUUAUUGCUACAUACUGUCGUGUUGUUUUAUUUUAUGUCUUUCCCUUCUGUUGAACAUUCAUUUUGUGUAUCUUUGUAUUUCAUCUUGAAUAAAACAGUUUUACUGUAUUUAAACAAAUAAAAAAGUUUAGUUAUUUAUGUAAGAAACUGUAGUAUGUAGUUGAGGAAAGCUUUAAAGCAGUUUGAGAACGUUCACAAGUGUCUAAAAGAGUUUGGUAUGCUUCUAAAAAAAUUGUAUACACAUAUUUUUCCACAACGCGAAAUUUUGACUUACGCGAGGAGUCUUGGAACGCAUCCCUCGCGUAAGUCGGGACUCGACUGUAUUCCUUUUUGGUGUAAAACAGUGGAUAUCAUCCCUUUUGCAAAAAAACUUAAUUUUCUUCAGAUAUAAACUUUAAAAUUGAAACAAAAUAUUCAACAGUUUUUAAUAUUAUAUAUAUAUAUAUAUAUUAUUCUUCUCAUUGAACAUAAAAAAAAAGCACCUUCGAUCCAAUUAAGAACAAUGAAACCACCCAAGCCGAUUCAAUUAACGUAAGUAUUAAUGGAUCACAAUUUAACAGUAAUAUCAAUUAUUUAAUAUUAAUUUAGUAAUCACAAUUUGAAGUCGGGCUUUCAUAACUGAUAAAAGACUUGCACAAGGCGUUGCUAUCUCUUAAUACGGAUGGGUAUCACGCUUGAUUUGAAAUGCUCAGCCAGUGCCUCGCUCCACUAUUUUAUUUAACUACUUUUAAAUUAGAAGUGGCAAAUUUAAAUUUGGAUAGAUGCCCUUUUGAUAUGAAAGUGAAUGAGUGGAUACUGGCAAAUAAGGGAUAAGUUCCACUUUACUAUAAAAUACCUCGCGAGAAAUAUGGGGAUGGAAAUACACUGUUUAGGUGGUAAAACCAAUGUUUGCGUAUUUUUUAACAGGAGAUAUAAACCACUUCGAGAAAAAAGAAAUUCAUGGGUCGAUAGGGCUUAUACUAGAGAUUCUGAAACGAAAAAAAAAAAAGAACUUUUUUUUUUCAAAAGUGGAUAUAAUCCGUUUUGAAAGUAAACUCUUGAGUUGACAUUUCAAAGAGCAAAUUAAUUUUGCAUUCUGUAUGUGACUUCUAGUAAACUUCUUUUAAAAAGCAUAAUUUGCAUUGAAGGAUUUCUCAAGGGCGUAAAAGAGCAACCUGUAACUUAUAUUGGGAGUUAUGCCUAAUUUUAUACUUAAAGAGGCAGGUAAUUGGAGGCUUCAAAGAAAUCUCUUAUAUAUUUUUGUAUAAAACUUUGUAUACAUUUUGUUAAGAUUUUGUAUCUAAUCAUUUUUUCCUCUGGUUUUGUUAUAGCUGAAAAAUUAAAUAUUAUUACAUAA